UGAACCUUCCCACACAGCAAGCUCCGACAACUUUCCCUGUACUCUUGAAUAAUUAACCACCUUUGCGUGAUAUGCAAAAUAAGCUGAGACAACAGUGUUCAAUUGCACUCCAGUAAGCCAGAAGCUUUCAUCUGGUCAUGGUUAAAGGAGUGUCUACUAAGAUAGUACUCAUUCCACAAAAUGGAUAUGAAUAAGACAGUCGACUGCAAGGAGAUGGAUAACACCCUGCAAAAAUAUUACCUUUCUACCAUCUAUACCAUUGAGUUCGUUCUUGGCAUCAUUGGAAACAGCAUCGUUGUCUUUGGAUACGUAUUCUGCCUGAAAGUUUGGAAAAGUGGCAAUAUUUACUUGUUUAACUUAUCACUAUCAGACUUUGUAUUUCUGUGCACACUUCCAAUGUUGGUGACAAGCUACUCCAAAGAAAAGUGGACAUAUGGGCACAUGUUGUGCCAAAGCAACAGGUUCAUGCUGCAUGUGAACCUAUACACAAGCAUCCUUUUCCUUACCUUUAUCAGCAUUGAUCGUUAUAUGCUCAUGCAAUAUCCUUUCAGAGACCAUUUUCUACAGAAGAGGAAGAUAGCUGUUGUUUUCUCUGUUGCCAUAUGGAUCCUUGUUAUACUUGAACUGGUGCCAAUAAUCAUCUUCAUAGGAGCUAGAAAUACCAGUGAUAUCAGUGAUAACCAAUGUAUAGAUUAUGCAAGUUCUGGAGAUCCAGCAAAAAGCCUGAUCUAUAGCAUAUGCCUGACUCUUCUGGGGUUUGUAAUCCCUCUUUGUGUUAUGUGCUUCUUUUACGUGAAGAUGGUUAUCUUUCUUAAGAAACGUAGUGAGCGGCUCCCAGCUGCGCAGAACCUUGAGAAACCUCUUUCUUUUGUCAUCAUUGCACUGGUUUUCUUUUCACUGUUCUUUACUCCAUUUCACAUAAUGCGCAGUGUGAGGAUUGCCUCCCGAAUGAAAUCCUGGAAGCUUUCCCUGUGCACACAGAGCAUCAUAAAUGCCAUUUAUAUUAUCACAAAGCCUAUUGCAUUUUUAAAUAGCGUAAUUAACCCUGUCUUUUAUUUCCUAAUGGGUGAUCGCUUCAGGGAGAUGCUGAUGACUAAAGUAAGACAACUCUUAAAAAGGUGAAAAUGAGGUGUCGAGAAAGCCCUCUGACAGGGAACACACUGAGGAAUAAAGGACCCUGGUUGAUGGGACAACUUUUACUGCUGUAUAUCAAGCCUUAUGUAGCUAGCUUCAUUUAGGCUUGGUUUGCACAUACACAAUGAAGCCAUUACUAAGCAACUGCAUAAUAGACCUGAUCUUACUAUCUUUAUUCAGGCAAAACUCUCACUGGCUUCAAUAGCUGGUUAUAAGAGUCACAGGACUGGACUAAGUAUUUCUAUAUGAUAGAAGAAUGUAAUAUUUAUGCACUUGUCUGUUUUAACUAGGGUUACCAGAUAGCAACAGUGAAAAAAUGGAACAGGAUGUGGGAGGUAAUAGGUGCCUAUAUAAGAAAAAGUCCCCAAAAACGGGACUGUCCCUUUAAAAAUGGGACAUCUGGUCACCUUAGUUUUAACUUAAUGGAAAUCUAAUGUCCUGAUGGUGUCUGUCAGAGGGCAGAGAUUAUAUGCGGAGGUGGUGUAGAUGUGUCGGUCCCAGGACAUUAAAGACAAGUUGGUAGCACUAGACCCCACACUCAACAUUCACCCCAUGGCCCUUUCUUUGUUCUUGUUUCACACUGUUUCUGUGUGGCUGGAGACCAUUCACCUUUACAGUAAGUGACUGAGCCACGUUCAAUUCUUGGUUGAACUGGUGGUGGGGAGGAAGGAGUUGGUGCAUCCCAGGAUGGGCUCAAUAGUUUUAUAAUAAAUUAUCAUUUGUGUGUGUUGGUAUUUGUUGAAUAACUGAAAAAUGGUGAACCUUGCUUUAGGAGCCCAUGGAUUAUCUGAUACCUGACUUGGGCUAGAGAAGUUCAAAUCUCAAGCCAGACUUCACUUCAGUGCUCUCCACAGGAUCAUGAAGUACUGUACGUAAAAAGAUGGUUCAUGAUGGGAACUAAAUGGCCUGAUUUAGGAUGGAAAUUUUGCCAUCUGAUAUAGUUCUUGUAUUUUUUAAAUUUGUUUCAUAAUAGCCUGAUAAUAAAACAUUCAGUAGAUAAAGUUAAAAAAACCUGUUCAGUGUUUUGCUUUUAAUAUGCACGUUCCCACAGCUUCAUGACUUCUGCAUUUCUCAGUACACAGUACAAUCCUGUAAACUGAAUAACUCAGCAUGAAAAUUGAAAUGUAUUGAAUAUAAAGUACAUUUGAACAAUAUUAGCUAAGAUUUCUACCUUUGUCACCUGUUUGACACAUUUCAGACCAGAGUUUCAACGGG